GUCUCCAUGUCAGACAUACUUUAAAAGCCAGCACUGACGUACAUGUUGUCAGCCCAGAAGACCUACAUCGUGCAUAACUGGUGCAAACAAUAUCUGUGAGACUUACAGGAAAACUGUACAUGAUGAUGAUGGCUAUGGAAAAAGAAGUUAAUUGUUAAGUGGUGAUCGAAGUCUUGAAAAAAGAGACAUGUGUGAAUAGGGGAUAACGGGAAGAAGGGAAUGUUUGUAUAGAACUGAUCACAUGACAGAAAAAUGAACUACGUAUUAAAGGUGAUGAAAAGAGGGUACGGAAAUAAUUUUCUUCAAUAUCAAUGAAGCUAUAUUUAAUUACAAGUGUAUGAGAGUAAUUCGAUUUUUUUUAUUAGCAGCGAGGUGUUAGCGUGAUCAAUUUAUUUGUGCAGCUGAGAAGGGAUCCAGAAUCAAGAACUCUGGGACGAUGUGUCACACUGUACGAGGACACAGAUACCUGUGAAUCAAUGGCAGAGUGUCGAAAUUUAGAAGAGAUCAUAUUAUUGGUGGAUUGAUACAGUGUGCACAGUGUAGUGGAAGAAAAGUCUGUCCUGUGAGUGGGAACAAAAACCACUGAAGAAUCUUAAGAGAAACACUGUGUUCGCUCGUUCAUUAUGUCUCUCAACUACACACAACAUGAGCACCGCGCAGGACCCCUGCCGAAGCCUUCACGACCAGUGUCUUCGAGGAGGCAGAGUGAGUCUGAGGAGCACAUGUAUAAGGCCCGCUACGACUACGAGGCGGCCAGGGAAGGUGACCUCAGUUUCACGGAAGGGGACAUACUCGAGAUCAUCGGUCCUCUAGUGGGAACCUGGUGGCUGGCGCGCAACACCCGCACCGGCCAGGAAGGCUAUAUACCUUAUAACUUCAUCAAAAAGAUAGCUGGCAUAAGCAACUCAGAAUCUUCAGUGUCUGAGCAGGGAAGGGUGUUCACAGCCCAGCGCGACUACACGUCUACCUUCCAGGGUGCUCUCGCCUUCAGCAGGAACGACAAGAUCGAAGUGUUAAAGGAAAAGGAUGACAAUUGGGUGUUUGGUCGUUUGGUGGACAAUGGGCUGGAGGGACUAGUUCCUCGUUCCUUCUUAACCCAAGAUGACGCCUUGGCCGAUGCUCCGUGGUACUACGGGGUGACCAGCAGAGAGAAGGCUGAGGUAGUGCUCCAGCAGCCUCACAACCAGUCUGGUAGCUUCCUCGUCAGGGACUCAACCAUGGCGCCCGCCGGAUACUGCCUCUCUGUGUUGUGCAACAAAGCGGUGAAACACUACCUGAUGCACCUCAACGCCAGGGGUGGAGUGUACAUCUCUCAGCAGGUUAUGUUCGACACCGUCAGUGAACUCAUACAAUACUACCAGACUCACGACGGCCUGGGUACUGUACGACUUAGCACACCUUGUGAGAGUGAGCCUGUGACCCUCAUUGGUGGCGAAGGUCAGUGGGAGAUCACUCGCUCGUGUUUAGUGCCGACAGGAGAGGUGCUGGGGGAGGGUCAAUUUGGACAAGUCUACAAGGCACUAUGGAACAAGGCCACCCCUGUCGCUGUUAAAGAGAUGAAGCAUGGGCGCGGCACCCCCCACGACCUGAGCACGCUGCUGAGCAUGGCAGAGAUGAUCAUCUCUGGCAUGAGCUACCUUGAGGGCGAGAAGGUGAUCCAUCGUGACCUGGCUGCCAGGAACAUCCUCGUCGGGAACGAUUUACAAGUGAAGAUCGCCGACUUUGGUCUGGCUAGGUUUAUUAAGGAUGACUUCUACUUGCGUCGCUCCAACGUCAAGUUCCCCGUCAAGUGGACGGCCCCUGAAGCCCUCAUCAACAACUUGUACACCAGCAAGUCUGACGUCUGGUCCUUCGGUAUCCUCCUCUACGAGAUCUUCACCUAUGGUGGAAAUCCCUAUCCUGGUGUCAGUGGGAAGGAAGCGCGAGACCUCAUUCAGGACGGGAAAGUGAACCGUCAGCCUCGUGAGUGUCCAGACGACGUGUACAGCGUUAUGACAGCCUGCUGGAAAAUGAACCCACACGAGCGACCGUCUUUCAUCGAACUCAGAACUAUGGUCAACACAAUCAAGGAGCGAGUGCGCGCUUUCUAGCAAGAACAUCUUGAUCUCUGAAGCAACGUCAACCAUCCCUCGUCGGUUACCGUACCUCUGACCGACAACUGUAUUUCGUGAUUAUCGAAUUACUAUUCCAUUCAAGGGGAUGCCCUGAUGCUGGAGAAAGGGUCUCUAUCUAAGGAAAAGGAAUUGGAAUUACCUUCCCCUUCCUUGAUUACUUCUCAUUCCCCAGGCCCUGUAUUACUCAUUGUAUUAGUCACUAUUCCAAAUCAAUAUGGAACACAAGGGUUAGAACCCAGACAGCAGGUCUAUGAGUGAGGUCAUAGAUACAAUAUCUAAUAUCUUAGGCAAUAUCUCCGGAAACAUGUAUACAUUUCUGUUAUCUUGUGGCUUAGUUAACUGGCAGACUUUUUUUUUUAUAGUGGUGGGUUGGUACAUGACAGUACAAGUAAAAUAAAUAUAAAUAGGUCGAUGUAUGAUAGAGAAGUGUUACCGCUUUUAAGUAAUCCAUGAACUAAAUAUAUUAAACUGAGAUACAGAUCUCAGCGUGGCUGAGACAAUGAUUACCUCAAUUUCCUCCUCGUCUUCCAACUUUCUCUGCAUGGGACUGAAGAAGCCACUGGCUGGCGAAACGUUUCGAGGAUAAAGAUACCCAAAUAUUGGAGAAAUGUCUCCUACUCCGAGGAAGUGACCCAGCAAUGUCACCACUCUCUCAUUCAUCACCUCAACAACUUCCCGUACAUAACUGCGUGCUGCAUGUGUCAUGUAUUGAUAAGCUUGUCACUAAACGAAGUGCUAUUUCUAAAUAAAUGUUUUGUCUGCA